UGGCUGGUGAGCAAAAAAGUUCAUGUCAAACCCUAAUUACUAACAUGAAUUAGCGUGUUACUAGCAUGUUUUAACACAUUGCUAGCAUGAAUUACCAGGCAUGUUUUAGCACACUGUUAGCAUGAAUUAUCAUGUUUGCUAAAAUUUUUAACAUAUUUCUAGCAUGUUUUAGCAUAUUGCCAGCAUGCCUUAACAUACUGCUAGCAUGUUUUAAAGGGUUAGUUCAUCUUCGGAACACAAAUAAGAUAUUUUUGAUAGAAUCCAAUGGCUCAGUGAAGCCUCCAUUGACAGCAAGAUAAUUAACUCUUUCAAAUGCCCAUUAAUUGAUUUAAAAAAAAAAAAAAAAAAAAAAAAAAAAUACAACAUUACAGUACCCAAAACCUAUCGAUUUCAACAUUUAUUAGGCUUUAAAAAAAUAUCAGCAUUUAAUUUAAGACUUACGUGAACUUAAGUGAAUACAAUCUUCACAUAAACCCAUUAUAGCCUAACCCAUUUCCUACGUGUCUAACAGUUAGGAAAUCUAUAGAAAUUUAAUAAAGUUAUCGAACACUUUACAUUCUUCACUGCAUAAAUUAUAAAUUAAAUAUAGAUUAAUCCUUAUUAAAGCUACAAUUUUCUCCGUUACCCUUUUUCUUUGAUUAACAUUAAUGACAGACAUCAAAGCGACUGAUUUUUUAGGCUGCUGUGACUUUAAGACCUGCCGCUGCCGAACAUGAUGCGCAUCUCAUUUUCUCACAACUCUUUAAGUUCAUUUAAGAUGUUAUUUAACUCAGUUAAGAUUGCUCUUAUGAAGAUACUCAAAAUGAGCAUUAGGCAUAAUUCUGAAUGUUAUUGUUUGUUCAAGCACGGAAGUUUUUCUGUGCACAGGAGUCGUGUGUCACCCAGACACAACAUUCACAAACAGCGCAUUAUCUUUUGUCUUGUGGCACUUUAAUGAUUUAAAAGAAUUUGCAUGAAUAAGAGUGUGAUCAUAUAAUGUAACUAGCCAAAUUAUGACAGUUUAUGACAAAUUAAUGAUGUUUGCUGCUUUAAUUGCAUUAAAUAUUUUUAAAACAUGAAUCUGAACAAAUGAAUUGCAUGCGUUAAUGCGCUAAUUUUGACAACACCAGUUUUAACAUAUUGCUAGCAUGACUUAGCAUGUUACUAGCAUCUUUAACAUGUUAGCAUAAAUUAACAAAUUGCUAACAUGUUUUAACACACUGCUAACAUGAUUUAACAUGUUGUUAGCAUGAAUUAGCAUGUUUUAUCACAUUGCUAACAUGAAUUAGCAUGUUGUUAACAUGAAUUUGUCACAAUAACCACAGUGUCUGAGGUGGGUCUCGAACCCGGGUCUCACAGUCAGGGAAAGCUACUUCUUUACCUCUGGUCUACUGGAGAUGAUAGUUUUUCAUAAGACCCAUGUGCAGAAGAAAAGGCAAACUAGGAGGCUCAGAUAACUCAAAAGAAAGCUGUCUUUACUUGAAGUCAGUUUUCAAAUACAAACAAAAGAGCAAUCACAGCUUUACAAAACAAAACAUUAAUAAGGCCAAAUGGCAACAGAGAAACAUAGCUUAAAUCUUUCUAGAACUCAGGUAAUCCGUACUGAGUUGAUACCAAGACUGAACACAGUUCAAUGAAACUACCAAACUUAAAUAGGACAAAAUACAGGUGAAUCAAAUUAACUUGAUGAACAAUCUUAAUUAGAGAGUUCACAGCAGGUGGUGCCACCUAGUGGCUUGGAGUGUCCUCACAGAAAAGGGCAGAUGGUGCCCACCAAUGGCUGGGAGAGUCAUUGCAUGAAGGAGCAGACAGCGCUCCCUAGUGGCUUGGAGAGUCACUGCAAGAGGAGUCUUACAGAAUUAACAAAUUGCUAACAUGAUUUAGCUUUUUGCUAGCAUGUUUUACACAUUGCUAGCAUGUCUUAUGCCAGUUGCUAGGCUUUGGUAGUGAUAGAUAGUUGGUGAAUGAAGCUUAAAUACUUUAUUAGAGUUGCUUUAUAAAAGUUUUGACCCCCUCAAUGAAAGUCUAUAGGACUUUUGUCAAGCCAACAUAAUUCUGAGAAAAUGUCUAAAGUCAUUUGUAGGAAAAUUCCACUUCAUUUGAUUUGAUAGUUGGUGUCUCAAGCAAUGUCAUUUAUACAUUUUAAAAUGUGGCUGAAAUGUAUUGCAUGUUACUGUUACUUCUACUAUUUAUUCUUUCUAUUUAUAGGGCUAGAAUUUUACAAUGGCUAACAAUACAUCUUCAGAAAGCAGUUCAAUUCCUCCCAAAAGCAAUUUAACUAAUCUCGAAGACAAUACAACAGCAACAACAUUAUUCAAACAGGAGACACCACUUUAUUCAAAACACGUGACAUACAGAAUUCCAGCUCUCAUCUAUAUCAGUAAAGAUCAGACCUACAUUGCCUUUGCUGAAAAGCGGAAAACUAAACACGACACAGAUGCAGAAGUGCUUGUGAUGAAAAGAGGAUCGUGGAAAGAUGGCAAGAAUGAAGUUGAGUGGGUCAGUGGAUAUCAGGUGCUCAGCGCUUGUCUACCAAACCACCGCAGCAUGAAUCCAUGUCCGGUCUAUGAGAGAGAUUCCGAGACCCUCUUUCUGUUUUUCAUUUGUGUUCCCAAUGGGUACAGUGAAUCCUACCAAAUAUACCAAAAAAGGAACCGGGCUCGGCUUUGUUACAUAACCAGUAAGGACACUGGCAAAACAUGGAGUGGUAUUACUGACUUGAAAGAGGUGAUCAGUGAAAAGGAGAAAAACUGGGCCACCUUUUCUGUUGGACCAGGACAUGGUGUUCAAAUGAAGAGUGGAAGACUGAUUAUCCCAGCAUACACAUUUUAUUUUACAUCCGUAAGUGAUAAGCCCACAUCACAUGCAUUCGCAUUCUACAGUGAUGAUAAAGGAAACACUUGGCAUGUAGGAGAACAUAUGGAUGGUGAGUCUAAUGAGUGUCAGAUGGCUGAGAUCAUAGACGACGAAGGUAACAGUACACUGUACUCCAAUGCUCGAGGUACAUCUGGCUAUAGAGUCGAGGCUCUAAGCAAGAAUGGUGGAAAAGAUUUUGACAAACCUUCAUCUGCUCAAGAGCUGAUAGAGACUGGUGAACUUGGCUGCCAAGGAAGUGUGCUGAGUAUUCUGUCCCCUGAUCAGAGUACAUGGCUGAUCUAUUCUCACCCAUCUGAUAAAGAGAAGAGAAAUGAUCUCAGAAUAUAUAUAAAUAAAUCACCGAAGGAUCCCAUGCAAUGGAAAACCAUACAAUGCAUCAAUGAAGGUCCAAGUGGAUACUCAGAUCUGGCAGAGUGCGAAGAUAGAAAGUACAUUGCCUGUCUCUUUGAAUGUGGACAGGAAAGCGAAAUUGAAAUGAUAGCCUUCAAGCUUUUCAAUAUCAGCAACACUUUGGAUAUUCAAUAAGUGGAUUCUCCACAGCAACGUUCAAGUUCACGUUGCAAAAAUUUUUGUCUUUUAAUGUAAUUUUUGUUUGUUUGUUUGUCUGUUAUACUUAAUUUGCUUAAUGAAAAUGGCUGAAUGUUAAAAAUCAAGUUGAAAAUACUUCAAAUUCAAUUCAAAUUACCAACCUAGCAGUAUGCUUUCAUUAUUAUAACUGUAUUAUAAUCUUUUUAAAUACUAUAUUUAAUUCACCUGAAUUAUACAAUAUGUAGGAAACAGCAAACAUAUUUUAUUGGUCAUUUCAUAACAUUACAAAAACAUAAAAUAAUGACAUUCUUUGAAUGAUGUUGAACAUGUCUGUACUGUUUAGUCAGAUUAAGUUUUCCAUAUAAUUAUUUUACAAAAACAUAAAAUAAUUAUAUGGAAAACUUAAUCUAAUUGAUAGAUUUUAUGUUGGUCUCAGCAUUGAAAGUAUGUGGACUGAGGCUCCUUUUUUUUUUUCCUCUGUCAAAGUUGUAUACUAUGUUUCAAACAUAUGGUUUUCUAUGUACCAGAACCAUUUCCAUAUAAGGCUCUACUAGGAGUAAAUGUGAAACAGGGAAUGGUCCCUGCUUAGGAGAAGGUCCUUGGGAUGCUAAGGGACCUCAUGGGUACCUGACCAAUAGAUGACCAUAUUUAGACUUGUUUUUCUAUAUGUAUCACAUUCCUAUACCAUGAUCUAUAUGAUGUAUUCUCUUUCUCAUUGGCUGAAACUAUACUACACCCCUUGUACUCUUUCUAUAUAUUC